AUGUCACCUCAGCUGCAAGAAGAACUUAUAGAAUUGACAACAAACGAAGAAACAAAAAUCAAGUUCAAAAAUGGAUAUCAAGAAUUUUGGCUACAAAAACCGAUCCCGCAAUUGUACCCUGGAUUGUGGUCAAUUGUUCAACGAUUCUUGAUAGCAUUCCCAUCGUCAUAUUUGUGUGAACUUGGAUUUAGUGCUGUGGCAACGCUGCUUACUAAAAAGAGAAAUCGUUUGCGUGUUACCGAACGUGGCGACUUGCGGCUGUUUUUCAGUAAAUUGGAACCUGAUAUCAACAAACUUAUUGAACAGCAUCAGAUUCAAACUUCACAUUAG